GCCUGCAGACCGCCGCUACAUGCCGCGCUGCUGCCCACAGAUUCUCACAAACGGUGGAAAAAUCUCUGGAAAAUGGAGACUUUUAACAAGCUGCUGCUGGAGUAUCCUGGACUCAUGUACAGCGGGGUCGGAGCGACGGCGUUCGUGGCCGGAGGGGCGCUUAUUUAUAAGAUAGCCUCCAGGAAAAAGCCCACCCAUGCCAGCGUGAACUGCUGGUUCUGCAACGACAACACGGUUGUGCCCUAUGGGAACAGGAACUGCUGGGACUGUCCCAAUUGUGAUCAGUACAAUGGCUUCCAGGAGAAUGGGGACUACAAUAAACCCAUCCCUGCCCAGUACAUGGAGGACCUGAACCAUGGCGUCUCGGGACAGCUGCCCUCGUCUCAGACGCCUAAAGGUCUGCAGUACGUCAACUGUCAGAUGCUGCUCUGCAGGAAGUGCAACAACAACCAGUCGCUGAAGAUCAAGCAGCUGGCUUCGUACACGGCCAGGGAGGAUGAGAACUACGACGAGGAGAUCGAGGUGUACAAGCAUCACCUGGAGCAGACCUACAAGCUGUGCCGGCCGUGCCAGACGGCCGUGGAGUACUACAUCAAGUACCAGAACCGGCAGCUGCGCACCGUGCUGCUGGAUCACCAGCUGCGGCGCACACGGGAAUCCAACACGGCGUCGGUGAAGAGCUCCCAGUCUGUGUCCUCGCCGCUGUCCGUCGUCCUGCUGCGUCUCCUGGCCUUCCUCAUAUGUGCGUUCCUCGUGGCCACGUCCCUGCUGGAGCUGCCGGAGCAGCCGGCGGCGCCGGGCGGCCCUCAGACGCUGAGUGGGGGGAUUGUUCCCCCGAAGCCUCAGAAUGAAUCGGCCCACAGUGGCGGCGGCGGCGGCGGAUUCCAGGACCUGCUGCAGCUGCUGCCCGACUCGGCCAGGGAAUACACCCAGCUGGCGUGGCGGCACGGACGCCAGCACCAGCUGGCCGUGGUCUCCGUCGGCCUCUUGACCUGCCUGACGGCCAUCUUCUUAGCGGGACCCGUGAGGCUGAGGAGGAUCGACGCCGUCUCCUCCGUCCUCUGGUUCCUCCUCCUGUGCCUCCACCUGGCCGAGGGCCUCCUGUUCGCCGCCGCCGCCGCCUGGCUGGAGACGGCCAGGCUGGUCGCCGCCUGCCUCUGCUGCUCCGUCGGCUGCGCCGCCGCCGUGGCGACUCGCAAACCCGCCAGUCUGCGGAGAAUCAGAUACCAAAGAUACCUGGCCGAGCGCUCGGCGGCCCCCUCCUUCGUCCCCACGCCGCCGCCCAACCUGUCCAAGCUGCUGCGCCACCAGCAGGGCCAGAGGGAGCUCAAGGCGUCGCCGACCGUCCUGUCCCGACGCUUCAGCAGCGCCCUCAGCCUGGGCCGGACGCCGCCGCUCUCCAGGACAGGCUCUGGUUUCCUGUUCAGUGGAACCAGACCGGCUUCGCUCUACAAAGACUCCGGAUCUUCAGACUACCUGUCCCUGAAGUCCGGCAGCCGGCCGUCCUCGCCGGGCCCCUCGCCGCCGUCCCUGGUCACCGGCUCGGUGGCGUCCAGCUGCGGCUCGGACCGGCGCCGCCCCCUGAUCUGCCCGGCCCGCUUCAACCUGGGCGGGCAGCGGCUGCGCCUGUCCUCCCUGGAGCCGGCGCCGUCCUGCGCGUCGCGGCCGACGUCGCCGACUCACUUCCACGCGGAGCUGUCCUCGUCCGUGUACGGCGGCCAGUCGUCGCCCGACACCUCGGCGUUCCACUACCACGACGGGCUCAGCUACCUGGGGGACGGCAGCGUUCUGGGGGAGACGGAGAAGCAGACCAACUCGUCCGGCUCGUCCGCCGGCCUGGUCGGCACGACGACGCCCGGCCUGGAGGGCGGGGCUCCUGCCAGAGGAGUGGUGAAGCGUCUCCUCUGGCCCGGCCUCCUGCUCCUCAGCUUCACCACCAACCUGCUCUUCAGCGGCUUCUACCUGUACCAGAACUGGAGGUGAAGGCCGGCCGGAGCGCCGUGGCUCACAGCGAGUGGCGUUCCACCGCCAAAGUGGAGCGUAGGAACCCCAGAGGAAGAGAGCGACGCUUCCCAACAACUCCCGGCAGAGCUGCAGCCUCUGGAACUGGAAGGUCCUCCAUGAGACAGAUUCCUCAGACUACCUCUCAGUGAUGUCCGGACGCCACUUCCACGCCGUUCGACCUCCAGACUUAAACCCAAACACGAAAACCGGUCUCCACACGUUGGUUUCUGCUGGUUUGGAACGGAUUGUACAGACAUUCAAGGUCAGACGAGCUAAAUGUGCGUGGUUUUUUUUUCCCACGAGGAAACACUAGAAUAAAGGACGUUGUGUAAAGAAUUGCUGGAGUUUCAUCAAACACUUCUCUUUCCUCCAACGGGAUUAUUUCCCGUCCUUUUUUUUUUUUUUCUCCAAGGAUUCAGCCCUCUUUUGGCCUCAAACGGUUGCUGAACUGGCCUCUCAGCCGAUGGUGGCGAUCGGCUCGUUCUCAGGAUCAGUGCAGAGCGUCGGAGCAGACAGUGUGUGCUGCAGAAACGUCUCCGUUAUGUCCAUGAAAAUCAUGAGCAGAUUUAAAAAAAAAAAUGAAUUAAAUGGAUGAAAUGUGGCGUUUUUAUUCACCUGGAAGCAAAAAGAAAGUGUCUGCUCCAUCCUCACCGCGACGCGACGGCGAUUCAACAUGUUGAUAACCUUGACUGAUUAAUUUGAUCAAACUUUGCUGUAACUGGAGUCGGUGCAGAACUUACUUCCUCAACUGUUCAAAGUUUUCAGAUCCUGAUUCGAAGCUGGAUGAUCGAUCUGACAGUUCAUCCUGAAAAUCCUCUCACUUUAUGAAUGCUUUGUUUUCUUCACCGUUUGAGAAAGUUAAUAUAUAACAGAGGAGAUUGAAGGACGUGACGUUGGAAUUAAACUUUGCUGCUAAAAGACGUUUAGAAAUCUGGAAAGUUCUCUUUUAACCUGGGUUCUUCUCCCAAACAGUCGUUUUCUACUUGAAUAAUCUGUAAUCUGGAGUCAUUUUAUGAGAUUUAUUCAUUGAAAGGCUGUGAAAAAUUGAGAGAUUCUGUUGCUUCCAGAAUGUAUUUCUACAUUUGUAAAGUGCAGUUGUGUGUUUUUGUUUUCCAGGAGUGGCUGUUAAAUUAAAGCACGUUUAUAUUUCACUUUGUGUGAGAAGGUUUGGAGGAGUCUGCCGUUCCUCUUCUGCACUGUUUGGUCUGCGACACUGACUUUCUAUUUAUUUUUAUAAUAAAGAAUUU